AUGAAAGUGAAGGCGGCGUUAGCACUAAAAGAGUACAAUAACGGGAUGAAACUACGCGCUCUUUUAAGAGAUAACGACGUCUGCGAUGUGGUGUCUACUCUAUGGAUGAUCAUGCCUGGAGUUCGCGAAGUUGGGUCUUUCCUUACUACCUUUCCAGUCAACAAGAAUGGUGAGGGAAGGUCAAUUCAGUGGCGCGUCGACGGAGAUUACGUGCCAGAUCGAGUGCGAUUCCGGCUAGUCGAAUCGCUUGUUGAUGAUGCGUUGGAUAAGUUGAGGGGCGGAUUGGCGCUAGAUGAAGAAAUUGAGUUGGACACUGGUCAGUUCACCAGAGAGCAACUGGAAGCUAUGAAAUCCUUGUGGGGGCUACAAGAUACUUGUCGCAAUGCUGUUCUUUGCUGUACCUGGUUGAAUAGCACUAUACUGGAGUGUUGGCCGUAUACACCGCUGGUUGGGUUCGGAUUCGACCUGACGUACAACAAUCUCUUUUGCUUUCGAGAUUCCGCUUGGCUAAACGAUAAUGCCAUGCGUGCUUUUGCGGUUUGUCUCGCACGGUACAAGAACAAUUGUACAGUCAUGUACGACAGCAUGGGCGGUAAGAGAAACAAGAAACGGUUGCAGAAGAUGGCUGAAGAAAUCCGUACUGGGCCUCUACGUGACGAUUCCUACAAAGCUUUGGAAGUAACCGAGCCGGUGCAAACGGACAGUGACAGUUGCGGUGUGUUUGUGUGCCGGUUUUUCUGGACUUGCGUGAGCAGCGAAUCCCCCAGCGAUGUGUCCCCAGCUGGUAUUACGAAGCUGAGGUGGGAGAUGCUGCACGCAGUCAUGAAGUUGAGGCCGCGCUAG